AAGACAAACAUACAUACUUCGACCAGGGCGUGACACCUUCUCUCUGACGGACACCCUCAAGUCUUUGUUAAACAGGUGGAACAGGAAGCCAUCAUUGGUGAAAGGUAUGUGCAGGGCUAUAAAAGCUCAAAGUCUUGCAAGGGGACAAUUGAAGUCUGGUGUACAACCAAACGUAUACCGUAGAUCUACAGAGACAUCAUGAGAGUCACUGCAGCCGUCCUAUUGGUCCUCUGUCUCCUGACCAUCAGUCAUGCCUGGGACUGUCAGGAGGUAGAAAACAUCAAGAAUCUGAUGCAGAUCGAUGCAGGACUGGGACAAGUGGUUGCUACGGACACAAGUCAAAUCCCCUACUACCUGGUAGGUGAUAAAUGGAUCCGCCUGCCUGGUUCCCUGAAGCAUAUCACUGUAGGACCUGCAGGGAUCUGGGGUGUCAACAAGGACUAUGCAAUCUACAAGUAUGUGGCCGGUAACUGGGUGCAAGCUGCAGGCCUUCUGAAACAGUUGGAUGCUGGAGGUGAACAGUUUAUUGCGGGGGCCAACAUGGACGAUACUCCAUUCUGUCUGACACGUAGUGCCACAGUUGGCUACAAGGGUUCAGGCUCACCUCUUCCAUGGACAGGAUUGCCAGGAGCUGUGAAGUACUACAGCUGUGGACCCUUUGGGUGCUGGGCAGUCAACAAGAAUGAUGAUAUCUUCUUAAUGAGUCUGAAUCAAGACUGUCAAAACAACGGGUGGAGUCACAUUGACGGCAAGCUUUCCAUGAUUGAGGUGGCAACUGAUGGUAGUGUCUUUGGGGUCAACUCUGCGGGUAUUGUUUAUACCAGAGACGGCAUCACAGCCAGUAAACCAGAGGGCACCGGAUGGAGCAAUAUCCCAAUGUCAAUGCACAUGGGCCACGUGACCUAUGACCUGGGCCAUCUUUGGGUCGUCUCCAAGUCUGGAGUCACCAUGGUGUGCACACAUUAGCCUCUCCUCUGUAGCUGAAGGCCGUUCGGGAUCUGACAAGCUCACUUGCUAACUCAUUGAUCUCUCUUUCUGGAAGAGCCUUCUUUAUAUAGUUAGCUUUAUAAAUUUCAAUAUUAGUUAAUAAAAAUCCUUAAUUUUAAAACUUAUUGCUCUACCGAUUAUUUUCAGUUCUUCAAUGAUCUUAUUGACAUUUAAAAAAAAUAGAUUUGAUAUUUUCUUGAUCACUCUUUGAUUAACACUUCAAUAGAUCUUUGCCAUGGCUGCUAUUUAAUUGUAGUGUAAAACUUGGGCACGGUCAUGUUGCUCACAAUCUACAUGGGUUUUGUUGUGUUUCAGAGGUCAUCAAUAGGGUUGGAUGGAAUCCUCGUCAUUGUUUAUCUCAUUAUAUAAUAAUUUCCUGCAACAAUAAAGCAUUCAUUUUGAAACUA